UUAAAAAUAUUUUGGUUGAAAGUAACAUCAUUGGUGUCAUUGCUUACAAGUUACAAUUAAAAGUAAUUAUAAGAAAUAUAGCCUACCUUGGCUGAUUUUAACUUUUAUAAGUUCUUCUAAGUUUAGGCUUUAAGAAUAACACUACUUUUUAAUGAAAUUAAAGUUACAUAGUUGAAUAAUUAUUUAUUAACGAACGAAAAGCAUGAACAAUAAAUACUACUAGUAGUAGUACUAGUCAAACAGUGACAUUGAUAUUGUGAGUGAAAGUGACACUGGUAGGUUUCAACAUUUUAUACAAGUGACAUAAUGGAGGAUAUUCAUUUAGCUCCUUCAGAUGAAGAUGAUCUUUACUCUGGAUACAAUGAUUAUCAUCCUGCACUUGACAUGAGUACUCUACAAUAUGACGAGGGUUUCCAACAAGCUGUUCGUACAAGUUAUGGAAAACGACCACCAGUCACAGGUAAAACUCCGGGCACUUCUCGUGGCACCACUGGAAUGAGAGUUCCAGGUACAUCAAAAGCUGGUCCUUUUCGAGGAAUCACGGCUGUACCGUCCACUUCAGGUCGUCCUGUGACAGGCUCGCAAGAAGGACUAGCACGACCUAUGACUGCAGUUAGAGGGGCAGGUUACACUUCAGUAGGUAAUAGAGGUCAGUCUGGAGUUUUUGAUCCACUUAAUCAGCGUAGCACAUCAGUGUCACCCCUCCAGUUUAAAGAUGAAAAUAGCCCUGAAGAAAGAGUCAAACAGUUAGAGAAAAAAGUAACAGAGCUAAUGGAAGAAAGUUGUCUGGCAGCAGACAGGAAAGAGUUGAAGCUGUCUUUAGAUAAGGCAAAGGAAGCAGCAUCUAAGGAGCGAGCUCUAACUAGACUGAGAGACCAAUUAACUACUGAAGUGCCACCCAACAUGGAUUUGACCUAUUGUGUGCUCUUUAACUUAGCGAUUCAGUAUGCUGCCAAUGAAAUGAACACAGAAGCUCUAAACACCUAUCAGUUGAUUGUGAAAAAUAGACAGUUUUCCAAUGCAGGACGGCUAAAGGUAAAUAUUGGAAAUAUCUACUUUCAAAUGGGAAGUUAUCCAAAGGCUAUCAAGUUUUAUCGAAUGGCUUUGGACCAGAUUCCUACAACUCACAAAGAUCUAAGGAUAAAGAUAAUGAAAAACAUAGGAUUGGCAUUUGUUAAGCUGGGUCAGUUUACUGAUGCCAUUACAUCCUUUGAGUACAUCAUGGCUGAAAAACCUGAUUUUCGAACUGCAUUGCAUCUCAUUCUCUGUCACUAUUCUCUUGGAGAUCGGGAGAAAAUGAAACGAAGUUUUCAGAAACUGCUGGAGAUUCCUCUGGAAUAUGUGGAUGAUGAUGAUAAAUACACAGCAACUUUGGAUGAUCCUCAUGCUAACUUAAUACUGGAGGCUAUUAAGAAUGAUUCUCUUAGAAAGUAUGAAAGGCAAAGGAUUCAAGAGGCAGAAUGGAGUAUUUUGACAGCAUCCAAAUUAAUUUCACCAGUUUUAUCCAGUAAUUUUGCUGAAGGUUAUGAAUGGUGUGUGGACCAAAUCAAGUCAUCUCCGUACAAUGAACUAGCAAAUGACUUGGACAUCAACAAAGCUGUAACAUAUUUGAGGAAAAGAGAAUUUACUCAGAGCUAUCGUUACUUUCCAUCUAACAUAGAAAUUAUAGAGUGGCUAGGAGCUUACUAUAUAGAAUCUCAGGUUUUUGAGAAAGCUAUCAAGUACUUCGAGAGGGCAGCCAUAAUUCAACCAAACCAAGUCAAGUGGCAACUUAUGGUGGCUAGUUGCCAUCGAAGAAGUGGAAACUACCAACAAGCCUUGAACACGUACAAAACUAUUCAUCGCAGGUUCCCAGACAAUAUUGAAUGUUUGAAGUUUCUUGUUCGGCUCUGUACUGACAUGGGACUGAAGGAAGCUUCUGAGUAUGCCACUAAACUCAAAAAAGCUGAGAAGGCUAAAGAACUGAAAGAACAGAGAGCUAAUAGUGGAAGCCGCCCAGGAAGUCGUCGUAGUAGUAGUCGAACCUCAAGAGAAGGAUCUGCUAGUAGUAACACAAGUGCUCCAAUGUAUAGUCCUCGUAACAGCAACAGCUCUCGCAGCUAUCAGGCCACUUCAGCCAGGUCAGUUGAUAGUGCCCGAAAGGAGUUUCCUCUUCUUGAAAGUGAUGAACCAUACCAACCAAGACAGAAAGAGCUAAAUACAACAUAUGAUGAUCCCUUGGGCCCAAUGGAGGAAAGACCAAAAACUGCUGCACGAAAAAAAGAUGCAGAUGAUGAUGAAUUUGAUAAUGAAGAACUGGGAGAUGACCUACUACCAGAAUAGAGUGUGUAUUCACCAGGUUGCUAAAUAAUCCAUCCAAGUUUUCUUGUGAUAAAGCACACAUUUGUUAUUAUCUAGUCAUUUUGGAUAUUAAUGUAUUUAGAUGGAUUAUAGAAUUUAAAAAUAACCUUUUCUUUCAAACCUGGUAGCAGAAAAAAAUAUAUAUUUUAAGAUUACUAUUGUCACAGUUAUGUGGUGUCCUUAUUAUAGAAAUUUUUGUACACAGUUGUUCCUUAUGAAUUGGAAACAUCUGGCUAAACUUAAGAAUUUUUAACAAAAGCUAUAUAUAUAUAUAUAUAUAUCUGCACUUUAGUCAUUAGAAAAACACAAUAAAAGGUUUUAUCCAACCAAUUCAAGGAUACAGCCAUGUUUACUGUACAGUUUUUUCUCCUAUCUUCACAUCCAUAAAAUGGCAAUGAAAAGAGAAACUAAAAUUACUAGCUGU